AGACAGCUGUCAGUGUCAACUCUUAGAUGUCAAUUUGUUUUAGGUUAUUAAGUUAAUUAAUUUAAUCCAGAAAUUGCUUAAAAAUGCCGUUCAUGAAAGGAAGAGCUCCUAUUCGCCGUACUUUGAACUACCUUAAUGCUGGAAAACUAGUAUUCAAGGAUAAAAUAAAAAUAUUUUCCGUCGCAUACAAUAUAUACGGCCAAAACAAUAAUGGUGCGAAAGAAUUUGUUUUUUGGUAUUUGCCGCAGAUCCAAUACAAAAAUCCCGACGUACAGGUAGUUACUUUAAAGAAUCUUACACCUUCGCCGUUUAUUAAGUGUUAUUUCGAAGAUGGGAGGCGUAUUUUAGUUGACGUCGAUAAUAGAUCAAAAGAGGACAUUUUGGAUCAUUUAUUGAAUACAGUUGGUAAAUCGAAAGAGGUUUUGGAAGCGGAGGCUACCGCUGCUGAGAAGAAGGAUAACCCUGCUAACUUCGGAGUCGGUUGUGAAAGGGCUUGUAUUUGUGAAACUUAUGGACAAGUUCCUUGCCCUGGUGUUGUGCCUUUACCAAAACCUAUGAGAGGGAAAUAUUUGAACCAACGAGAUUAAAACUAAGACAAUUUAAUGUGCUCAAGUGUAUAGAAAUAGUGCAAGAAAACAAAUAACAGUGUAAAAGACGUAGAAUCCUUUAGUGAAAUAAUUAUAAUUUUGCAUUAAUGAUAUUGCAUAAUUGUUAAGUCAAUGUUUUCAUAAAGUAUAACAUAAACAAUA